UCAGUGCAGUAUCUAGAUCAACGGGGAGAUGAAAAUUGAGCGGAUGCGUGGCAGACAAAUGGUCUUCUCUGCAGUCACUUUCCACCGGUUUUUAACCGGUAACGUCAGGAUGUCCCAUCCUGGUAGUAACGACUGUGGCAACCUCCGUAGCAACUAGGAAACACUGGCAGCAAACGGCUUCCUGCGUCAAACAGGCAAAAGGGUGAGAUUUAUGCAUCGGGAGUAAGUCCAAAUCAACCAGGUAUAGAGUUAUCAAUAGCUGAUCACAACUGAGCUGCUUUUUGAAGAAUGGCUCGUUGGGAAGGGUCCCUGCCCACGGCUCGCAGGUAUUGCAGUGCUGUGCCAGCUCUGGACACGUUUGCCUGCCCCAGGGUCAUAGCUGCCGUCAACCCCUGCUGCAGGAGCUCUUUUGUAGUGCAUCCCACCUGGAUCACCGAGCCCCGAGCCCCCCGGAGGUGCCAAUGGAUUAGCUGCUGCCUCCCCUCUCCUGGCCCAGCAUGGGAGAGGCUGAGCGCAUCGUGGAGACCUGCGGGCUUAGACAGCAACGUCCCUGUGCUGGUGAGAGGGGAACAAGAUGGAUUUUAUUACCGUGGCACAGUAAAAGAGGAGAUAGAGGGUGAAAGAGGCAUGUUCCUGGUAGAGUUUGCCAAACCGCUUGUGUCACGUGGCAGACAUCAAGUGUGUGUGCAAAAAACAGCGAAGGAUGGCAUCCUGGAAUACGUGAAUGGGAUGAAGCAUUCCUUAGUUCCCGGAGACAAAGUGCUGGCACCCUGGGAGCCAGAUAUGGCCAGGUACGGCCCAGGAACCGUCCUCACAGGAAUUGAGACAAGAGACCCCUUAAGAGCUUCAGAAGAUGAAGAAAUUAUGGUCCAGUUCUGGAAUGACAAGAAAGCCAAACUCCCACGGGAUGUAGCUCUGUGGAUCCCUCCUAGCCUGUGGGAAAGGAUUGUAGAGAUGAUCCACAUGCCCUUCACCAGCAGAUUGAAGCCCAGAGAAAGUCUGGACACUAACUGUUGUAUUUUUUCCUGCAGUCCUAAACCAGCCCUGAUUCCUGUUUGUGCUGUACAUAGACUUGCUAAGCACUGUUUGCUCGGCUCACCCUGCUGGCCUCUUUUCUGCUGUCACUGUGAUGGUGUAUGCUGUUUGACAGCACAUGUAAGGUGCAUCUGCUGCUGCCAUCCCCACGUUGAUGCCUGGUGGCCUCUUCCAUCCAGGUCUCUGGUCUUUCAGAGAGAAACUGAAGAGGCGGAGUCUGGCAGCGAGCCUACUCCACACCUUCUAGAACUGGAAGGCCCAAACCAAGAAGAACCAGCGGUUGUGGCAGCAUCUUCCCCCUCUUCUGAUUCGGAGUGGGACCUGGAGCCAUUCCCCACUAAGAGUACUGUGGUGGACAGUGCUGUUAAUACAGACUCUGGCCGUCUUGAGAAGCCCAGGCUAAAGGUUUCUGCAAAACCAGAGGGCAAAUACUGGAAAAGAAGCCACCACGAGUCCUGUGCCAGUAAUUCAGGACUCGUCAGUUGCAGCAGCGCAUAUGCAAAGGGCAAGCUGGAAUCCAAAGCCAUCUCCACUGGGGAUGUGUCCCGUGUUGUACCGACUAAUCAGAAUGCAAUGUUUGAAACCAUCAAGCAAUCUCCCAGAGGGCAAUUCACAAUAAAAGAAAUCUUAAGAAACCAAGAUUUCAAGCCAGCAUUGGGGGAAGAAGGUUUUGCAGCAUCAGAAAAACAAAGAUAUCAAAAAGCAAGAAAGAAAACAGAGUCAGAUGACAAAUGUAAAGUGACUUGCAUAGGAGACGACAAAGUUGAUGAUACAGAGUAUGUCAGAAGAGGACAGACAGAAAAACCAGCAAAGAGCUCAUUUACAACAAAGCAGAGAGAGACGUGAUCAACCAGAAUUCAAUAAAUGUACAACUGAUGAAGUUCAGGAGCUGAAAUUUCAGGUAAACUGCUUAUACUAUAUCAGCGUUACAUUUAUUAAACAAAUCAAGUUCUGAUUUAGGUACCGUCUCUGUAGAAUAUCUUUAUGGAUAACGGUAUCAUUUUAGUAACUGAGAAACUCUAUUUCCAUCCACAUUGAAUUUCAGCAUCCUCAUUCUUUACUCCAAGGUGUUACAUUAAAUUCCUAAUUAUUUGGACUUGACUUUACAAUUCUGGAGAGAUCAGCUAAACUAGUAUGAGCACUAAAAGCC